AUGGAACGUCAUCGAGAUUACUCGUCUCGCACGUUCUGGAUCACCGGACGGAAGGCGAGCGUCGAGGACGAGGACAAGGACGGACCCGAUGACGGCGAAAAAACCAGUGUUCACAACACGGGCGGGACGGGGGGAAGAGUGGCGGUGAUGACGAUCGUCGCCCCCUCAUACGGCACACCACCACCACCACCACCGGAAAAGGGUACUUUUCGAACCUCGAUGACGGUGUUCUGUGUAGGUGUUCGAUUAUGCAAUACGUACGAAGACGCUCAAACGCCGAAAAUUGAAACACCGUCGAUCAACAGGUACAAGAAAAACGCAUGA